AUGGGAUCGGGAAUCCAAUCACCGGAAAUGUGGAGAGGCAAAUCGGUUUCGAUUUUCAUUGUUUUUGGGUGCAUAGGCGUUCUCAGCAGUGCUUUCAAUGGUGCUCUUGCUGCAGUACCCGAAUUAGGAUCCACUCGCGUUGUCUUUCAGACAAAUUAUGGGGACAUUGAAUUUGGUUUCUACCCAAGCGUUGCACCAAAAACAGUUGAACACAUCUUCAAGCUUGUUAGACUGGGAUGCUAUAAUACCAAUCACUUUUUUCGGGUAGAUAAAGGGUUUGUUGCCCAGGUAGCGGACGUCGUUGGAGGAAGAAGUGCUCCUAUGAAUGCAGUGCAGAAGUUGGAAGCUGACAAAACUGUUGUUGGUGAAUUCAGCAACGUCAAACAUGUAAGAGGUAUUCUUUCCAUGGGAAGAUAUUCUGACCCAGACAGUGGAGCAUCCUCCUUCUCAAUGCUCCUUGGAGAUGCCCCUCACCUUGAUGGCCAGUAUGCUAUAUUUGGUAAAGUUACAAAAGGUGAUGAAACUUUGAGAAAGCUUGAGCAACUCCCUACCCGGAAGGAAGGAAUCUUCAUAAUGCCAACUGAGCGCAUCACAAUAUUGUCAUCAUAUUAUUAUGAUACUGAGGCAGAAACUUGUGAGGAGAACAGGCUAAUGUUGAAACGGAAGCUUGUUGCUUCUGCUGCUGAAACUGAAAAACAGAGAAUGAAAUGCUUUCCAUAA